AUGAAGAAAAACGGUGAAGAAAGCUAUGUGUGGCCAUGGGUCGGUGUUGUAGCCAACAUAACGGAGGUUAAUGAGAGAACCGGUAGGAGAGAAGGCAGAAGCUGUUCAGGAAUAAGUGAUAAACUAACUCAGAAAGGGUUUAAUCCAAAAAGAGUCAAACCAGUUUGGAGUAAAGCAGGUCAUUCUGGUUUUGCUUUGGUUGAAUUCACCAAAGAUUUUCAAGGAUUUGAAAACGCCGUCAAAUUUGAGCGGAGUUUUGAACAAGACCGCCAUGGGAAGAAAGAUUGGAAGAAUAAUGGUAUUCACACGAGAGGUGCGAAACUCUAUGGAUGGGUUGCGAGAGAGGAAGAUUAUAACUCAUGGGGGAUUGUUGGGGCGAAAGUUAAGAAGGGAAGAGAUUUGAGAAGUAUCUCACAGAUUGAAGAAGGAGAGAAGAGGCAAACGAAUCAGCUUGUUGAUUACUUGUCUCAAACCAUUGAGAAGAAUGAGAAACGCAAGGAAGUGCUCGAAAAUGAAAACAAUGAGGCUUCCCUUGUUUUGGACGGUUUGGAGUUGCACAACCUUCAGCUACAUAGAACCUAUCAAGAAGGAAUUGAGAAGAUGGACAUGAAUGUGAUGGAGUUGUAUAAUAAUGUCAUACAAGAGUAUGAAAACUCUAUGAAAGAGCUUCAGACAGAGACGAAGAAGCUAGAUGAGCGUGAAACAAAGAUCGAGCAGCGGGAAACAAACAAAAACAAAGAUGUCAUUGAUAAAUCUAGACUUGAUGUUGAAAUGUUCUGGGAUAUGAAUCAAAAUUUGGUGAGUGGAGAGAAUAUCAGAGUGAAGAGAUUAGGGCAACUACAUCCUGAAACGUUUUUUCCAGCAAUGAUGAGGGAACAUGGAUGUUCAAAAUCAAGAGCAGAGAUUGAAGCUGAAGCAGAGGAGUUAUGUUCAUUGUGGGAAGCACAAAUCGGAGAUGUGCAAUGGCAUCCAUUUAAAAUCCUUGAGUCUGAUGGACCACCAAAGAGAAUUGUGGUAAAGGACGAUGAGAAGGUGCUAAAGCUGAAAUAUGACUAUGGUGAAAGAGUUUGUGAUGAAGUGGUAAGAGCAAAAGAGGAGAUAGAGGAUCACAAUGCAAGUGGUAGCUUUGUGACUUUGGAACUAUGA